CUUAAAUAGUGAUUUUUUAGUAACUAGAUUCUUGUAACUAAAUUCACGAUCUUCACUUGUAACCUAUUUCAACUUGGUUGAUUUCUUCGUCAUUUUACAUCGAUAAGAAAGACAAGUCGAUAUGGGGCGUCGACCAGCUAGAUGUUAUCGAUAUUGUAAGAAUAAACCUUAUCCUAAAUCAAGAUUUUGUAGAGGUGUACCUGAUCCAAAGAUACGUAUUUUUGAUCUUGGAAAAAAGAAAGCUUCUGUAGAAGAUUUUCCAUUAUGUGUACACUUGGUAUCAGAUGAAUAUGAACAACUUAGUUCUGAAGCUCUUGAAGCUGGACGUAUUUGUGCAAAUAAAUAUAUGGUGAAAAAUGCUGGAAAAGAUCAGUUUCAUAUUCGUAUGAGACUGCACCCAUUUCAUGUUAUUCGUAUCAAUAAAAUGUUAUCAUGUGCUGGAGCUGAUAGACUUCAAACAGGAAUGAGAGGUGCUUUUGGUAAACCUCAAGGUACUGUAGCCAGAGUUCAUAUUGGACAACCCAUUAUGAGUGUACGCUCAUCUGAUCGUCAUAAGGCUGCUGUAGUUGAAGCAUUACGACGUGCAAAAUUCAAAUUCCCUGGUCGUCAAAAGAUAUAUGUUUCAAAGAAAUGGGGUUUUACCAAAUAUGAUCGUGCUGAAUAUGAAGAACUAAAAGCAGCAGGUCGAUUAGCUCCAGAUGGUUGUAAUGUCAAAUACUUACCAGAACAUGGACCACUUGAUGAAUGGAAAAAAUUCAGAAAAGUUCUUGCUACUGCUUAAAUAAAAUAUGAUUUUUUGAAUUUGAAUUUUAUUAAAUAAUUAAAAAUAA